AUGCAGUCACCCAUCGCGUUCCCGGCCCUCGCACUCUUUGGUCUGCUCACCGCGCCCCUCGCGGCGCGGAGCGCGUCCGUGCCUUCGCCGUUGUCGCUCAAGAGUGACAUCAGCGUCCUAUUCAACAACGACCUCGAUCCGGGCACCGUCUCCGGCCGACCUAGCGUACUGCUGCUAUCAUCCCCGCAUACGCACGGCAGCGCCUCGAGCGCAUGCGCGGUUCUCGGGGAAACACUCCUCCCGGACAACACAACUUUCAUCAAGGACAACCUUGUCCCGCUGCUUCGCUUCCAGGAGUUCGAGCGCAACUUCCCGUCGUCCCAGAAAUUUUGGAUUGCCAGCAAGGGUCCCGUAUGCCAGACGGUGGAUGCGAAAGGCGACGUCAGCUCGUCGGUCGUUUGCCUUGGCAGUCUGCCUGUACUCUGCACGCAGAGCGCAACCCUCGGCGCCGCUGCUAAGCCAGCUACAUCGUUCACCGUUCAGUCAAAAAAUCUCACGAUCACUGGGUUCCGCGACCAGGCUUCGUUCCGCUUCUUCGGUAUCCCUUACGCCGAUCCCCCAGAACGUUUCACCUAUUCAACGCCCUUCACCGGAAACACCACGCUCAACGCACAGAGCUUCGGCCCGGCGUGCGUGCAGACUGGCGAAACGGGUACUUCCGAGAACUGCCUAUUCCUCAACAUCUUUACUCCGUUCAUCCCCAGCCCGGGCAGCCGCACGCCGCUCAAGGCGGUGAUGUUCUGGAUCCACGGCGGCGCAUUCACCAACGGGAUGGGCAGCGACCCGACGUUCGACGGCGCGGCGCUCACCUCGCGCGGCGACGUCGUCCUCGUCACGAUCAACUACCGCCUCUCCACCCUCGGCUUCCUCGCGCUCGACGACGGCGUCACGAACGGCAACUUCGGGCUGGCGGACCAGGUGAUGGCGCUCGACUGGGUGCGCGAGCACAUCGCCGCGUUCGGCGGCGACCCGAACCGGAUCACGAUCUUCGGCCAGAGCGCGGGCGCGGGCUCGGUCCGCGCGCUCACCGCGAGCCCGCAGGCGAUCGGGAAGUUCGCGGCGGCCGUGCCGAUGAGCAACCUGGCGGGGAUCAACUUCGCGGCGACGUACUCGUUCUACUUCACCAUCCCGGACAACGUCGCGAAGGUGACGGCGCCCCUGCUGGAGUCGGUGGGGUGCGACUUGGAGGAGGCGGAGAUAUUGCCGUGUUUGCGCGCGGUCGACGCGCAGACGUUGGUGAACGUGCCGACAGCGUCGAAGUUCCUCGUGGUCGACGGGAAGUUCCUAGUGACUCCGGAGCUUGUGCUCAACGGUACGGGUCCGGUCGCUCGUGUGCACACAAUGAUGGGUUUCAUGCGGGACGAUGGAGACCCGUUCAUUUCCUUCCCGGCAUUUCACGUUCUCAUUCAUCGUCAACAGACAACUACGAACCUUACUCAAGCCCUGAUCGACGUACAGUUGCCGACCAACGUAACGAACAACCCUCUGUUCCCUGAGCCCAAGGGAGCCAACGCGACCAUCAACACCUUCAACGUGACUUCGAACGUCAACACCGACGUCGAAUUCCGGUGCUUGGACCAGUCGACCGCCUUCUCGGCGAUCAACCACGACCUCUUCGAGAGCGUCUGGUUUUACGAGUUCAACCGGAGCUACCAAAUCCCAGGGUUCAAUCCGAACGCCCCGACGUGCACGCCGCCCGCGACGGCCGCGCGCCCUCACGGUGACCCAGAGCUGGAGUACUUCAAGUGCCACUCGGGCGAGCUCUUCUACGUCUUCGGCUCGCUCCCCGCGGACACGCCCUUCCGCGACGAGAAGGACCUGCCGUUCAUGCAGCGCAUGGUCGACAUCUGGGCGUCCUUCGCGCGUACGUUCGACCCGAACCCCUCGACCGCGUUCCUCGAGGCGCGCGGCUUCACGGGCACGGUCGCGCAGCUCGCGGCGGAGCCGGCGUGGGAGCCGGCGACGCGGGCGAACCUCGCGGGCAGGCCGAUGCGGGAGCUGCAGUUCGAGAGCGUGAUGCUGCCGUUCGGGCAGCAGGAGCAGUGCGCGUUCUUGGGCUUCCCGCUGGACUUUUUUGGGUGA